GGUUUUGCUUAGAGGUGACCUCGAGGAGCAGAAGUGGUCAUUUCUCCCAUUAUCAUCAUGUCUGAACCGAUCAGAAUCCUGGUGACCGGAGCCGCGGGGCAGAUAGCCUACUCUCUGCUCUACAGCAUCGCUAAGGGGGAUGUUUUUGGCAAAGAUCAGCCUCUUGUUCUUAUACUGUUGGAUAUCACUCCUAUGAUGACUGUGUUGGACGGUGUGGUUAUGGAACUGCAAGAUUGCGCUCUUCCACUGUUAAGAGAGGUCAUUGCGACAGACAAAGAAGAUGUUGCAUUUAAAAACCUCGACGUGGCCAUUCUGGUUGGCUCCAUGCCAAGGAAAGAGGGCAUGGAACGGAAAGAUUUACUCAAGGCCAACGUGAAAAUCUUCAAGUCCCAAGGCACGGCUUUGGAUAAGUACGCUAAGAAAACUGUUAAGGUCAUUGUGGUAGGCAAUCCAGCAAAUACUAACUGCUUGACUGCAUCAAAAUCUGCUCCAUCCAUACCGAAAGAGAACUUCAGUUGCUUGACUCGCCUGGACCACAACAGAGCUAAAUCCCAGAUUGCUCUGAAACUUGGCGUGACUGCUAAGGAUGUGAAGAACUGCAUCAUCUGGGGGAAUCACUCUUCCACUCAAUAUCCCGACGUCAACCACGCCAAGGUCAAAGUGCAGGGCAAAGAAAUCGGCGUCUAUGAAGCUGUGAAGAAUGACAACUGGCUUAAGGGAGAUUUCAUUGCGACGGUUCAGCAGCGGGGUGCGGCGGUGAUUAAGGCCAGGAAACUCUCGAGCGCAAUGUCAGCAGCCAAAGCCAUCUGUGAUCACGUGAGGGACAUCUGGUUUGGCACACCAGAGGGUGAAUUUGUGUCUAUGGGAGUAAUUUCUGAUGGAAAUUCAUAUGGUGUCCCCGAGGAUCUGAUCUACUCCUUUCCAGUUGUCAUAAAGGGUAAGUCCUGGAAGUUUGUCGAAGGCCUUCCUAUCAAUGACUUCUCUCGCGAGAAGAUGGAUUUGACCGCUAAGGAGUUGACGGAGGAAAAGGAGUUGGCUGUGGAGUUUUUGUCCAGUGCGUGACUAGGUGCUGGCCAGGAGU